UAGUUCUUUGUUUUGUUUUUGGAUCAUAUUUAAAACCAAAGCCCAAGUAGUUCAGAAUUAUUUGGUGCUAAAUAACAUGAACUCUAGUAUUAAUUUGUUAUAUUGGACAAUUGCGCUUCAGUUAAAGAACAUUUAGAGGCUACCCCCUAAUAACAUUGCCAGGCCAAAUUAAGGGAGUGCCCUUGGUAUAUGCCUAGUGUAUAUAUAAAGAAUCAAAUGCAUGAAUAUUAGCUUCUCGGUUUGUUUUCCCUUGCUUCUUUUUAUCGACGAGCUUGUUGUUUCAAACAAACAUAGGAUAAUUUCUUCCUUAGAUUCUCUGGUCAUUUCCCACCUUAUGUCUUUGUGAAGUGUCAGAAUUCCCCAUAAACAGUCAGCUGGCAUUUUGGGGAAUAUUGAUGGUAAUGACCCAUAAGCAAUAUUCUUUGUGGGGAGAAUAGUUUAUGAAAUUGCUUUAUUUCAAAUAAAACAACUGAAAGGCAAAUGGUCAGGGUGUUUUGUUCUGGUAGUGAUUUAGGAGAAAGUUGAUUUUGUCUGGGGAAGUUUGCAGUACAGACACAGUUGCUAGGUUACAGUGAGUAGCAAGCCGAUUGGUCAGCAGAUGUUGUAAAGCCUUAUGACUAAAAUGCACCAUAGAAAGGCCUGGAUAAUAUCAAGCUAAUAUUUAUACUGAUUUUAAAGACUUUAAGUCAAACAAAGAUUUUAAUUAGAUAAAACAGAAUCAUAUUGUGUGAACUGGAGAAGAUUUUAAACUCCAUGUUGUCUGUGCGAAAAAGCAACCUCAACAUCUAAACAACAUGAGAAGAAAAAAACUGAAAAUUUAUCCUUUAUACUGUAGUACAGAGGGAGAAGAAAAUUCAGGCAAGUUCAUUUAAGUCUUUCACCUUUACUUUAAAAAUGUAUCUAGUUUAGGUAUCAAAAAAUAUAACUACAUGGGUUUUUUUUGCAUGAGAGACCAGUGAUUCUGGCAGAUUUCACCUAUUUGUCUCAUUUUUAUGCCUGUCUAUAAGUAUAGAAAGAUUGUUCUACAGAAAGAAAGUUCAGUACAGAAUUAAAACUGGUAUAACGUCUAAUCAAAUAUUUAAUAUAUCCUAUAAGAACCAGCUUUGUUUUUUCACAUUAUUCAGAUGUUGCACUUUGUUCAGGCAUAUUGCAUUUAAGAGAAUGUUAGUCAAAAGUUGGGAUAUAAAAUUAUAAAUAUUGUAAGUAAUAUUCUUAAAUGUGAUAUGUUGGGGGAUGAGAUAGAUGUGCUAUGUAGGGUAAUACGCUGAGAUGAGUCCUUGGCCUAGUGGGCUUAUUUUAGAUGAAAAACUGCCCCUGAGGAUAGAGAGAAAGAAUACUGACAAAGCGGAAGGUGUUCCACUGAACUGGAAGUUUCUACUGAAACUGGGGACAGUUAGAACAGAAAUCAUUCCCCUAUAGAUUCAUUUUAUUAUUGCACCAAUUUGACAUAUAUCAUAUUAUUGCCUAUUGAUUUCCAAGUACUGCUGUAUGGGUAGCAAGACAACAGGAACUACUGAUCCAAGCUUCAGAAGACGAUCAGGUAAAAAAAGCACUGCUGCACUUCAGUCAAGGAUUUCCGAGGUGGAUCCCUCCCUUGACAAAGAAGAAAAUGAAAAGCUUGCUAAGAAGCUUGCAGACAGCCCAACUGCUGACAUAGCCAAAGAACUCAGAAAGCUUCCAAUUUCUGUGAAAGAAAAACGUGACCUGAGGAGCAAAGUCUACUUGCUGAAACAGAAGUCAUUUAAAGGUGCCCACAAUAUGGACUGUUGUAACGGUUGUGUUCACAAUAUAAGAGUGUGGUUACGGAAAUCCAAGCAGUCAACAGCAGAUAUUUUGGAAUCACUGCAACUUUGGCACAGCACUCUCAAAGUCAUAGGGAGCAAGUUUGGAACAAGUAUUCUCUCCUAUUUUAUAUUCCUGAAGUGGCUCCUGCGGUUUAACAUCUUCUCAUUCAUUGUGAACUUCAGUUUUAUUACAAUUCCACAGUUCUUUGCUAUGAGCCCCAACAACUUAUCAUUUUCUGGCCUGGAACUGCUCACGGGUGCUGGAUAUUUUCAGGACACUAUUUUGUAUUAUGGUUUUUACACAAAUUCUACAAUCAGAAGCAAUGAAAGCCUGGCUCCUUACAACAUGCAGCUUGCAUAUUUCUUCACUAUCGGACUGUACCUAGCAGCCUGCUUCCUUAUCUUGCUGUUCAGCAUGGCAAGAUCAUUCCGGAAGAAUUUCAUUAAUCCAGCUUCCUUCUCGGGCAAUGCUUGCAAGCUUCUCUGCAGUUGGGAUUUCAGCAUAACCCAUGAAAAGGCUGUGAACCUGAAAAGAAAGCAUCUAAGUACACAAAUAAAGGAAAUGCUAUCAGAAAAAUUACAGGAGAAACUAAAGUUAACUGUGAGUCAGAGGAUUGUACGUUUGCUAAUCCAUUUAGCAGCAUGGUUGGCCUCCAGUGGGAUUGCGGUUGGAUGCUGUGCUGGUGUAUACUAUCUCUGUUUGAACCUUACAUCCAUUCAGAAUGCAAGUGCUAAUGAACUGACAAAGCAAGCAGCAACAUUACUGGUUCCAGUGGUAGUUGCCCUGAUCAAUGUCAUCAUUCCUCUUGUCUACGCCAUGUUUUUCCUCGUAGAGAAAUACAAGUACCCACGGCAUGAGAUCUACGUAGAAAUUAUAAGGAAUGUUCUCCUGAAGAUUUCCAUCAUUGGCAUUCUGUGUUAUUAUUGGUUACAAUCCGUUGCUGAAUCCCAGUCUGAGUGCUGGGAAUCAUUUGUGGGAGAAGAUAUCUAUCGGCUUGUAGUGAUCGAUUUCAUAUUUGCCCUGAUCGGUUCCUUCUUUGGAGAAUUUAUAAGAAGGAUCAUCGGGAUGCACUGCUGCAAAAAAUUAGGGAUGCCUGAAUUUGAUAUAGCACGGAAUGUCUUAGAUUUGAUAUAUGCCCAGACACUGGCAUGGAUUGGAAUGUACUUCUCCCCCCUCCUGCCAGUAAUCCAGAUUAUUAAACUCUUUAUCAUUUUUUAUGUAAAAAAGGUGAGCCUAAUGAUGAACUGUACCCCACCUCGCAGAGCCUGGAGAGCAGCUCAAAUGACAACAAUCUUCAUAUUUCUCUUAUUUUUCCCAUCAUUUGCUGGAGUCCUUUGCAUGAUCGGUGUCACUAUUUGGAGACGACAGCCUUCACAAAAUUGUGGUCCUUUUCGGGGCUUGGAAACUCCCUAUCAAUCGAUAUCCAACUGGGUGUCUUCCUUGACCGUUUUUAAUAACUCACUGUGGGUUGUGUGGAUUUACGAAAAUAUAAUCGAGAGUGUUCUUUUCUUCUACAUCCUGACGCUAAUUGUGCUCAUAAUUUCUUAUCUGUACUGGCAAAUUAUACAAGGCCGGAAAAUUUUGGUGAAGCAUUUGUACCAGCAAAUUGCCAAUGAAGGAAAAGAUAAAUCCUUUUUACUUGAUGAACUUCGGAAAGCCCAGAGUCUAAAUAAAGCUCCAGACAGGGCGCCAUAUAAAGCAGCACAGAAACAGAUACAGCCUUCAUACAGAAGUCAGGAAAUGCACACUGUUAAUGAACACAUUCCACUUGAACCCAGAAGUGAAAGUGUUGGGACUUCAGAUGUUCUGGGGCUAGCAAUGAGGGCGAGGCAACAGGCUGAGAUGGAGGAAAGAUCCUCGGCACUGAAUAGUAGACUUUCAAGCAAUAAUGGUUACCCUCCAGAUUCACCGGGAGUAACACGGAAUUCAAGAAAACAGCAGGACCCAGACAGGGAGCCAUUUCGGAACAAUGAUAGGCGAUCAGAGGCAAUAGCAAUGAUUAUGAGAGAAAGACAAUUGGCUGAAAGAGGACCACCCACUGGUUAAUAUCACUCAUCAGAUCAAGUGGUGAAAUCUAGGAGAGCAAAGUUAUAAACUCACAUGGAGAGCUAUCCAUAUAGCAAGAGUUGGGUGAAUACUGAAUCUCUAAAAGACUGAAAGACAGCAGGCUGAUGGAGAUGAAUGGGCUGGAGCUGCCUGAUAUGUACUCAAGCAGAUGAAGCCUGUGGUUACCACUACCAAGUGUACUGUGGUACAGUGCAUAUCUGAUUUGUUAAUGCCAAAUGAUAAUGCACAAGUAUUUAUUUAAAUAGUUUUUAAUAUCUAACAGUGCUUAAUGGUGUGUUAGAUACAUUUGCACAGUGCUAUGCAGUUUACAUGUGUUCACAAAUAUAAAUAUUAAUACUUUUUAAUUUCUAAAA